GAGGAGCCGGAGCACGUGCGGAGGGCGCACGGGGGCUACUUCGGCGUCUUCGCGAAGCUCCUUGGCGACCACAACAAUGGCGCCGAAGACGAUGGUGAGGAGGAGGAGGAGGAGGGGGAGGUGUGGGUCGCGUAUAGGGCGGCGCGAGGGGAGCUCCCGCAGGAGGAGGAAGAGGAGGGUUACGAUGGGUUCGUGGUGACGGGGAGCUGCAGCGACGCCCACGGCGACGAUCCCUGGAUCACCGACCUCGUCCGCUUCCUCCAGAAGCUCAUCGCCUGCCGCAAGAAGGUGCUCGGCAUCUGCUUCGGCCACCAGAUUCUAUGCCGGGCCUUAGGUGGGAAGACUGGCCGGGCCGCGAAUGGAUGGGACCUAGGAGUGACCUGCAUCCACCCCUCUCAUUCGACGAUCAAGCGGCUCUCCGUGCUCCACAUCCCCCCUCAUCUUCCGGUCAUUGAGUGCCACCGCGACGAGGUGUGGGAGGUGCCUCCGCAGGCAGAAGUAAUGGCUAGCUCGGAAAAGACCGGCGUCGAGAUGUUUCGAUACGGAGACCACAUUCUGGGCAUCCAGGGGCACCCUGAGUACACUAAGGACAUCCUCUUGCAUCUCCUCGACCGCCUUCUCCAAUGCAAACUUAUUCAGAGUAGUCAUGCAGAAGCAGCAAAGGCAAGCUUAGAAGCGCAAAAGCCCGAUCGCGAGGCGUGGAAGAGGCUCUGCAAGGAAUUCCUCAAGGGGAAGUUGUUCUCGACACAAUAUAUUGUCGAAGAAGCUCAAAUUAGAAGCCGCCUCGGUUGAUUUCCCCAAUUUGUACAUAAACAUUUCAGCGAAGGGUCUGCGGGGUAAAGAAUAAUUUGGUUCAUAAUUGGUUAAUGUAUUUGUUGUUCUGCAGCAAUGGAUUUAGACAAUCCACAAUUUGAGGAUUUUCCUACAAUGAAAAACUUUAGCCUUUAUGGCUCGACUGCGUCA